UAUGGCAAUUUCAAUGUGCAAUUCCGAUUAUGGAUGGAAAUCGAAUGGACUAUUGAAUCAAUUUUCGUUAUAUGGCCGAUUAAAUGCAUCUUUUUAUGCAAUCAAGAAUCAUUCUUCAAUCGGCUACUUCAAUCGUUCUUGACAAUGGCAGAAAGAAAGAUCACUUUCAUUAGAGACUUGGACAAUAUGAAGGAUGAUUACACACUAAAAGUGUCUAUCAUCCGGCUGUGGAGAUCGCUUUCAGAUGGCAACCCCACUAUUGUCAGAUCAAUUGAGAUGAUACUCAUGGAUGAAAUGUGUACAAAAAUCCGAGCAAGUGUGUAUCCAAGAGAUUUUCAAAGGUUUGAGUCCAAACUGAAAGAAGAUCAAGCUGUUUACAUCCGGUCCCCCACUAUCACUCCUAACAAAUACACUUUUAAAAUAAGUGAUGUAACCUCCAAGUUAAAUUUGAAUGGAAGAACAAUUGUUAACGGGUGUCUACACUUUCAAUCCAAAACAACAUAUGGAUUUUCUUUUGUUUCUUUUGAAACAAUUAUCUCUGCAACAGCUACAUCUAAUGAAUCAAUUGAUAUUAUUGGUGAAGUUGUUUCAUUAGGAAAGCUUGAUUCCCGUGAUAUCAGCAAAUCUCUACAUAGGCUGCCUUUACAAAUAAGAAACUUAGAAGGUUUGCAGGUUAACGUUACGUUGUUUGGAGAUAUUGCAUACCAGUUAAUUUCUUAUCUUGAAGCUCAUAAACAAGUUGGUCGUGUGAUUGUCCUUUUGCAAUUUGCAAGAAUUAAUGUCUAUAACGCAACACCUUCUGUUAACAGUUAUUAUGAACAAACACGGAUGUUCAUAAAUGCUAAUCUUCCCGAAAUUGUUAUAUUCACAGAUAAGUAACAAAACAUUUUAAUAAUUCAUCGUUUUUUUGUUUCUGUUUAAUAAUUUUAUAAUUUUAUUUUCAAACUCCUAAAUUAAAAACAGCUUGGUUGGAUUACAAGGACUUCAAAACCCUUCUGCUUCUUUGACUUUUGAAAGCUCUAAAUCAUAUUCGGAAUCUGAUGACUUUUUGAAUAAUUACAAAGUUAAAAAUGUUGUCGAUUUGAUAGAACCACAAGAGGUCGGCCAAUAUAUCAUUGUCGGGACCAUUUAUGGUAUUCGCCAAGAUAUUGAUUGGUAUUAUGAUGCGUGUACAAACUGUGGAAAGAAAGUUGAAACAGAAGAUGUGUUCAGCGGUCCAGAUAGUGGUGAUGCAAGUGUCGUUUUAAAAUGCAAUGGUGAUAAUUGUAAAAAUAAGAAGAUCUCUUCUGUUCCAAGGUAUAAAAUACCUAUUCGUGUGCAAGAUGAUUCUGGAACAAUCACUCUAACUCUUUUCGAUAGAGAUGCUUAUAGACUCGUCAAAAAAUGCGCACGUGAUCUUAUAGAUAAAAUCAAACAGGAUGGGAUAAUCCAAGAUUAUAUCCUUAUGACCUCAAAUGUCUAGAGCAUAAAAAGAUGGCUUUUAAGAUAGAUGUUAAUAGUUUUAAUGUAUCCAAUAACUACAAUCGGUUUGGGAUACUUGGCUAUACGGUUGAUAGUAACGUUAUCGAUGCUUUGGAAAAAAAGUUAGCUGUCGAGGCAGGUAGUCCUGCAAAUGCUGAUGAUAUAGAAAUCGCAUCUCAUGAAGUAUCUCAAGAAACAAAGUCCUUAAAGGAUGCGAUAUCGCAAACAGGUGAUAAUUUGACCCCAACAUUGCCUGACAAAUUUGAAGCUACAAGUCCGUUCAAGUAUAAUUCCCCAACAAUAGUAAAAAACGAAAUGUUGGAGAUACCAUUGAUGUUGAUGAUUAUGAUAAUGUGAAUUCGUCCACCAAGGUCCCUCGAUUGAAUUCCAAAGUUGAUGGCAACACAAGUCUAUUAAUACCAAAGCUUGAAAAGUAAUUUCAGAUUGUCCUUUUUUAAUCAACAAUGUUCUUGAAUUUGGAUUCUUUUUGGAUUCUCUUUCACAGUAUUGCUCUUUGUGGUGUAUACUGUUCAAACAUUGAUACUUCUUGCUUUAUUUUUGCUGGUAUUCUAUAUUUUAAUACGAUUAUGAUUUUAGGGUU